UUAAUAUUUUGAGUAUCAAUGUCAGUUUAGGAACAAAUGUGUUUUUUUUUGUCUCCGACUCUUACUCUCAGCGACGACUGCAUAGACACAUCUCCCCUCUAGCAUUCGAACCUUCUCAGUCUGUUUUUGAUCUCUGAGCUGAUCCCGUCGCUAUGUCUUCGAAAAGGUUGAAUCUUGGUUCCAAAGAUUACAUCAGCGGCUUACCAGAUUGUCUUAUUACCCACAUCUUGUCUUUUAUUUCCACUAAAGAAGCUGCUUCUACUUCUGUUCUAGCGAAAAGGUGGAGAUAUCUCUUUGCUCUUACACCUAAUCUUGAUUUCAACGACUCUAUCUAUCUGAAUCCUGGAAAGGGUCGCCGAAAGAAGAUUCCUUCAACAAGAAAAAAGAGCAAAACUCCAACAAGUUUUGUGGAUUUUGUGGAUAGAGCGUUGGUUUUGCACCGUAACGUUCCUUUAAACAGAUUCUCCCUCAAGUGUAAAGGUGUAAUUCAUCCAGCUAUUGUCAUUGGUUGGUUACUCAAGGUGUUGGAGCGUGGUGUGUUAGAUCUUGAUCUAGACAUCUCCUCUGAAAUGGGUUGUCCACUCCCUUCAGAGAUGUUUGUGAGCGAGACUUUGGUUAGGCUGAAAAUAGGAGUUAGAGAUGUUAUAACCAUUGAUAAAGUGAAUGAUGUUUUUCUUCCUAACAUUAAGUCACUGUGUCUUGACUAUGUCAUGGUGAAAAAAUGCGUCUUUCGUGAGCUUCUUUCGGGUUGUCAGGCGCUUGAAGAGUUAGUUCUUAACAACUUGUUCGAGUUUAUGGGAUCUUGUUAUGUUUCUCAUAACACACUCAAGAGACUAGUGGUUCGUCGUUCGAGGACUUUUGAUGAAAACCACAAGAGUGUGUCGUUUAGUACCCCGGAUCUUGUUUACCUUGAUUACUCUGAUACUAUUGCAGACAAGUAUCCCAAGGUGGAGUUUAGUUCCCUCGUUGAAGCUAGACUAGACCUUCGAAUGACAAAAGAUCAGAUUAUGAAGGCAAAGUUUUCAAAUGACGACAGAUCACCUCCGGAAGAGAUGGUUGGUAAUGCAACUAAUUUUCUUAAGGGAAUAUGCAAUGUUCAGAUCCUUUACUUGUCUGAUGACACUCUUGAGGUACUUACCUACUGUUGUAAACCAAUACCAGCAUUCAACAACCUGAUUCACUUAACCAUUAAGACUGACCCAGAUGUAGCUUGGGAGUCACUACCGGCCCUACUCAAGAAUUGUCCAAAACUUGAAACCCUUGUCUUUGAAGGACUCCAUCACAAAUUUGCAAACUGUUGGGAAGAGGACAAGUGCUUGUGCAAUCUUUGGAUGGCGUACAUUUCUACUUGCCUAUCAUCAAGUCCAGUGAAGGUUCUAAAGAUAUUAAAAUUUGGAGAAAUCUUUGGUGAUGAUGAGGACAUAGUGGAGCAGAUAAAGCAGGUGCAACACUUCCUAGAGACGAUGCCGAAUCUUGAACAACUUGUAUUGUAUUAUGAAACAUCUUUUGACGAAGAUGUGAAUGAAGUGUCAGCACAACUUCAGUGGCAUCCUAAAGUAGCUUCACCCAAGUGCAAGAUUACAGUGAUCUCUGAUAACCAUUGCUUAUCAUCUACUGUGCCAUGUUCCGUAGUGAGAAAAUGGGGUCGUCUUCUUUAGAAAGGACUUGUGUUGUUAUGUUUUGUCUUUUCGCCCAGCAAUGGUUGUUAGUCUAAGUCUUGUCUAUGCUUUUUUUUUUUUUUUUUUUUUUUUUUUUGUUCAACAGUCUUGUCUAUGCUCUUUCUUGUUAUUCAUGCUGAUGAUAUAUGCUUAAGUUUGGUAAACCCGUCUAGUAACACUCCAACCAAGCUCUCUCAUGUAAUGUUGUAAAUUGUUCAAUUCAAAAAGACUUCUGUUUUCAAA